GUAGUAGCCGCUACCAACUAAGAAAGAAUGAAACUCAUUCUCUAUUUUCGAUUUCUAAUACUCUUAGCAGCCCUUGUAGGAGCUCUUGUUCUUCCGUCAAAGGCUCAAGACAGCCAGCAAGACUAUGUAAGGGUGCACAACGAGGCACGCGCAGCCGUUGGCCUAGGCCCCGUACAGUGGGACGAAAGGGUUUCAGCCUUUGCUCAGAGCUACGCAGACCAACGAAGAGGCGAUUGCAAUCUCGUACACUCCAGUGGGCCUUACGGUGAGAACUUAGCCAAGAGUAGCGGUGACUUAUCCGGCAUCAGGGCUGUGAACCUGUGGGUUGAUGAGAAGGCCAGCUACGACUACCCAUCGAACACGUGCAACGGAGAGUGCGGUCACUACACUCAGGUUGUUUGGAGAAACUCAGUAAAACUCGGAUGUGGUAAGGCGAGGUGUAACAAUGGUGGAACCAUCAUUGUUUGCAACUAUGAUCCUCCUGGGAAUUAUGUGAACGAGAAGCCUUACUAAUGAUUAACUAUAUACAACAAAACACGUGCAUACGUACAGGACGUGUAUAUAUAUAUUAUCAACAGAGAGCAUCAUAUGCAUGAUGUGUAUCAAUAUUAUUGAAUAAUAAAGAAUAA